GUAGAUCGGCUCGCCAUGGCGGAAGGACGCAGAGAACAGCCGCCCCAUCCUCUCCUCUCCCUACCAUCGGCCAGCAAGCGACCGUGCCUGCGCCCUGCUCCUCGGGGCCCCGGCCCUGGGCCUGGCCACGGAAGCGGGUUAUCCAACUCUCGGUAUCGUUCCCCGGAGUCCCUCCUGGACUGCGCGGCGAAGGCAGUAGCGGAAAAGUGGGCCUUCGAAAGAGUCGAGGAGCGUUUCGAGCGGAUCCCGGAGCCCGUCCAGCGCCGCAUCGUCUACUGGUCUUUCCCCCGCAACGAAAAGGAAAUAUGCAUGUACUCUUCGUUUCAGUGCCGAGUAGCCGGCGAGGAGGGUCCGGCUACGGCUACGAGCGGUUCAGGGGCUACCGCGUCCGGAGCUCCAACCGCCGCUGGUGGUGCAGGAAGCUCCGCUGGUACGACGGCGACCGUGGGAACAACCGGAGCGGUGGGAACGGGAGACGCGCUGCCUUUCCGCCGCGGUAUCAAGUUACUUGAGAGCGGCUGUGUGGAAAACGUUUUACAAGUCGGGUUUCACCUGAGCGGCACAGUAACUGAACCUGCCACCUCAUCCGAGCCGGAGGUGACCCACAAGGUGGCCAUCAGCUUUGAUCGGUGCAAAAUAACCUCCGUCACCUGCGGCUGCGGGAACCGGGACAUUUUCUACUGUGCCCAUGUGGUAGCACUGUCCCUGUACAGGAUUCGCAAACCCGAACAGGUGAAGCUUCGGCUGCCCAUCUCAGAGACGCUGUUCCAGAUGAACAGAGACCAGCUGCAGAAACUGGUCCAGUACCUGAUCACAGCCCACCACACAGAAGUGCUGCCGACGGCCCAGAAACUGGCUGAUGAGAUCCUCUCGUCCAACUCUGAGAUCAACCAGGUCCACGGUGCCCCCGAUCCGACUGCCGGCGCCAGCAUCGAUGACGACAACUGCUGGCAUCUGGAUGAAGAUCAGGUCAGGGAACAAGUCAAGCAGUUCCUGUCCCAGGGAGGAUACUACGGCUCCGGGAAGCAGCUCAACUCCAUGUUUGCAAAGGUGCGCGAGAUGCUCAGAAUGCGAGACUCCAACGGAGCCCGGAUGCUGACCCUCAUAACGGAGCAGUUUAUGGCGGAUCCGCGACUGUCGCUUUGGAGACAGCAAGGCACGGGCAUGACAGACAAAUGCAGGCAGCUUUGGGACGAGCUGGGUGCACUGUGGGUGUGUGUGGUGCUAAACCCCCACUGCAAGAGUGACGAGAGGAGCAGCUGGCUCAAGCAGCUGAAGAAGUGGAGCGACAUGGACGUGUGCCCGCUGGAGGACGGCAACUACGGCAGCGAGCUCCCAAACAUUACCAACGCGCUGCCGCAGAGCAACCUCGCACAGGACUCUCUGUCCCGGCCGAGGAGGACCGUUUUCAGCCGCGCUGUUGAGGCCUGCAACCUCCACUGGCAGGGCAGCCACCUCCAGAGGAUCAUCAGCAGCGACUUCUACAUGUCUCCAUCGUACCAGAGAGACGAGGAGAGCCUGCUGUUUAACCCGCAGGGCCUUCCGCUGUGGCUCGACCACGUACCGACGGCAUGCGCUCGCGUAGACGCCCUGCGUUCCCACGGUUAUUCCAGGGAAGCCUUGCGAUUGGCGGUGGCCAUCAUCAACACGCUCCGCCUCCUGCAGCAGCGUGAAAUGGACAUCUACAAACACCAAAAGAAAGAGCUGCUCCAGAGGGGCAUGACUACCACCACUAACCUGGAAGGCUGGGUUGGACAUCCUCUAGACCCCAUCGGCUGCCUGUUCACCACACUCACCGAAACGUGUCGGGUGGAUGAUGACAGCACCAUGGACACUGGAGAGGGUGAGCCCAGAAAUCCCGUCUACCACCACGUGCCCGUGUGGGGGAGUCAGGAUGGAGGGGAGUCCUACCUGACUCUGGCCUUAGAGGUGACUCUGAUGGGUAUGGGCCAGCAGAGGAUCAUGCCGGAGGGCCUUUACGCUCAGGAUAAGGUGUGUCGCAAUGAAGAGCAGAUUGUUGCAAAACUGCAGGAGCUGGAAUUGGAUGACAUACUGGUCCAGACCCUCCGGAAACAGGCCAUACAGCUACUAGAAGCUGGUCCAUUCAGCGGUCUCGGUGAGGUCAUCCACAGGGAGAGCGUUCCUAUGCACACCUUUGCCAAGUACCUGUUUUCUGCACUGCUGCCACACGAUGCAGACCUAGCGUAUAAAGUGGCUCUCCGUGCCAUGAGGUUGCCAGUUCUGGAGUCGUCUGUUGGCUCCGGGGAUGUCAGCCACCCCCAUCACGGCAUUUCCAUUGUUCCGAGUAGAUACCCACGGUGGUUCACACUGGGACACCUGGAGUCGCAGCAGUGUGAGCUAGCGUCGACCAUGCUAACUGCUGCGAAAGGUGACAUGUUGAGAUUGCGGACGGUGCUGGAAGCCAUCCAGAAAAACAUCCACUCCUCUUCCUUAAUCUUCAAGUUGGCCCAGGACGCCUUUAAGAUAGCCACACCCGCAGACAGCCCCCCGGAUAUAACGCUGCUCAAUGUGGCUUUGGAGCUUGGCCUUCAGGUGAUGAGGAUGACUCUGUCCACGCUGAACUGGAGGAGGAGAGAGAUGGUCCGCUGGCUGGUAACCUGCGCCACUGAAGUCGGUCUCCGUGCUCUGGUGAGCAUCCUCCAGGGCUGGUACACGCUCUUCACACCCACCGAGGCCACCAGCAUCGUGGCAGCCACCGUCAUGUCGCACAACACCAUCCUGCGCCUCAGCUUGGACUACCCCCAGCGAGAGGAGCUGGCCAGCUGCGCGCGGACGCUGGCACUGCAGUGCGCCAUGAAGGACCCCCAGAACUGCGCCCUGUCGGCUCUGACGCUCUGCGAGAAGGACCACAUUGCCUUUGAGACGGCCUACCAGAUUGUGAUCGACGCCGCGUCCACGGGGAUGACGUACUCGCAGCUCUUCACCAUUGCCAGGUACAUGGAACACCGAGGGUACCCUCUGCGCUCGUUCAAGCUGGCCUCCCUCGCCAUGACCCACCUGAACCUGGCGUACAACCAGGACACGCACCCGGCCAUUAAUGACGUUCUGUGGGCCUGCGCGCUGAGCCACUCCCUGGGCAAGAACGAGCUCGCCGCUAUUAUCCCCCUGGUGGUGAAAAGCGUGCACUGCGCCACGGUGCUGUCGGACAUCCUGCGGCGCUGCACCAUGACGGCGCCGGGCCUGGCCGGCAUCCCCGGGAGGAGGAACUCUGGGAAGCUGAUGUCGACGGACAAGGCGCCUCUGCGGCAGCUCCUGGACGCCACCAUCUCGGCGUACAUCAACACCACGCACUCUCGGCUGACGCACAUCAGCCCGCGCCACUACGGGGAGUUUAUCGAGUUCCUGAGCAAAGCGCGGGAGACUUUCCUGCUGGCGCAGGACGGCCACAUCCAGUUUGCCCAGUUCAUAGACAACCUCAAACAGAUUUACAAGGGCAAGAAGAAACUCAUGAUGCUGGUCAGGGAGCGCUUCGGUUGACCCCUGCCAAACAUUUUCUGUUUCUAUUUAAGAUUUUUUUUCCCCCACUUCUUAAGUUGAGCCAUUUGUUGAACGUUUUUGUUUUUUGUUCAGUGUGGUGGUUUUGUUUCUCGAAUGUGAACCAGGAAGUGUUGCCUCGACUUCACCCACACCCCUUUCCCACUGCUGCUGCAGACUUCAGAGCUGGCGGUGAAGCAUUGUUGGCCGUCAUCAGGCUCUACAACACAUUCAUUUUUAUUUUCCAUUGUCCCGGGGGGGCGUGUCUUUACGUCACAAGAGUUAUGCCUCCGAUCAGGAAAUAACAAAAGGGACAUUUAAAUGUUUAUUUUGUCAAAAAGUCCAGAUGAAAAGCAAUGACGUGCCUGGAGCUCUUGUUUUGACGAUUACUCAUCUUCUGACAAACCAGGCAGUCAAUAAUUAAAACAAUAUUUGCAGCUCUUAUUUGAAGUAAUAUUCAAGUAAAGAAUAACUUAGUUAAGAUUACAGUAUUUUGCUCUUGAACAUUACCAAACACAGCUCUGAGAUUAACCACUUGCUGUUCUCCAAAAUAAAAUCCAAUAUUCGCUCGUAUGCUAGAAGUGCCAUAAAGACAUGAUCUGUACUUUAUAACCUAGAUGGUGGCGUACAUGUUGAUACUUAUAGUUUGUAUGCGGUGCAAACACACUCCUUCAUAACAGUCGUACAAAAUAUUUUCAGACGUUUGUGUUCCGGCGUUUGCCGAGUAGAUGAACUCAUUCAAUCCCAGCCAUUUUCCAAAGACAACCCCUUCAGCAGCAUUUUAGACCAUUUGGACUGAUCUUUCAAGGCACACAGAUCAUUGUGUUGUAUGCUUUUAUAAACAUGGAACCUACCACAACAAACAUUACACUCCCGUCUUUCACCAGAAAGAAAAAGGUUUGUUUCUAGCUUUUUGUGUUCUUUAGUAAUCAGCAGUAGAACAUAAGGUAAGUUUCAGGAAAAUAUCAGUUCCCAACUACAAAAGGGAGAAAACGUGCUUUUAGUGAAAAGAUUUCAAGCAUAACUUUCACUUUGACACAAAUAUGUUUUGCUUUUGUGACAACUAAAAUGUCUAAACUCUACCACAGCAUAACACAAAAAAGGGUUGUUUUACCUCCAUGUAUUUACAAUUUUCACAUUUGGAACUGAACUAUGCGUGUGCAUGCGUUAAAAUGUCCCUACAAUGCGUAACCUUCUGCACGCUCUCUCACUUCCUCCUUCCUGCCAUGUCUGAUUUUUUUCCGUUCACAUGAUCCCUGCUGAGCUAUCAAAUGAACUUCUGCCACCUUGUGGCCGUUUUUAUGGCUUAAAAUUGCUCUGAAGUGAAAUCCAUUAGUGGAGAAUUGCGUCACCUCUUUUUGCCUCUCGCGCAGAAAAACUUAAAAGACGUAUAAAUACGGGAUUAUAAAAAUGUAGAAAUACAUCGUUGGUAUUGAAUGAGUUCAGGUCUGCUCGGGCUCUCAUAUUUAAAAAAAAUCGGAGGUAACAGGCGAGUACUUACUUGAGGUAACUCCUCCCCCUCCCCCCACGUCAUCAUGCAAACGGUUCGGCACUCAGCCCAGCAAGCUUUUGGAGUUGAACCAAAAACUAGGGCACCAGCUCUGAAAACCUACUGUGAACCAGCUCUGAAGCAGCCACAGUGGAAAAGGGGUAUGAAGACUUGGGGGGGGGGGGGGGUUGCUACAAGAUACAACAGAACACAGGCCUCCCCACCCCUAAACGAAUGUUAAAUCACUUGUUAAAAUGUCAGAAGAUUGUGAAGACCAGCUUUUGUUAUGUGGCACACCACCGUACAAAACCAACCAAACCGUUUGUGUUUUACAAGUGGAAGAACGGAGCCCACUGAGAGCGUUACUGUCAUACCUCCACUGUGUUGUUCCUCAGCUUUAGACGUUGCCUCUGAGAGGAGUGAAGGCCCAAAGACGUGAUCAGAACCAUGCAGACCACAUGCAUUCACUACACGUGGGACCGAGGUUCUGCUCUUCCGGUCCGUUACGAUCCGCACAUGCGUGUGCAGUAUGGGGAUGACGGGGAGGCGGCCGAUGGGCAAUCUCGUGUGGUUACCGUCGGCCGCAACCGCGCCAAAAUGACAUGAGCAAAACCCAGCUGGUCUCGUAACGUUAUGAACUUAACUGCCAGGUCGCUACAAUACCGUUAUUGCGAGCGUCAGACACCCGCUUAACCCUUCAGCUUCCAAUACGUCGUCACCGAUAGACCUGACUUACAUUUCUGAUCGUAACUUGAGCCGUUGAAAGUAAUGACUCGGUGACAAAGUGUUCCAGACAAGUCCGAAUCUCCACACUACUACAUCAUCUGGAGUGCUUCCGAGUUGAUGUUUAUCUAAAAACAUGACAAAAACGUAAAGCUUUUCAUAGCAUGCAUCAUACAACAGAUGUCAACAGUGGGAGUAACUUGGCUUGUCAAACAGUUUUGCUCUGAUCAACCAAUCAGAGGACGUUAUUGUGGGCCAGGUUUGAGGCGAACCGACUAGUUAAAGAAAGAGCCGCAUUACUGAUAGUGAGUAUGUGACGUGGGCCAGCACUCCUGAUUCUGAAGGCCCUGCAAGACAGAAGCUGAAAAACUAAAUGUAAAAUACAUGUCAAGAUGACAGACUUUUGGGAACGAAAGAAUACAAUUUCAUGGAACAAAUGCUAGAACUGAAGUUGUAAAUGCAGGUCUGUGAUUCUCGCACACCACUACCGUCCAUGUCGAGCCACUCACGGGCUCCACUGUAUGAGUUUUUUUUGUUUUUCAUGAUGACAGCGUCUCACCUGCCUCCCCUGCCUCCCCUGCCCGCACGUCACCGGUACAUUCUAAGCGGGUUGGGCAGUGUGACAGAUUUUUACCACAUGCUACUUCAAGAUUCUACCAAUAAGCGAUAGCGAAGACAUUUACAGCAACGCACACAAACAAGACUUCAUUUAUGUCUUCUUUUCUCUUAUUAUGUCUGCAAUAUUUUGUAAUUAAAGUGUUAAGGUGACUAUAGGGGUGCUAUUUCAUGUCUCGGGGGCUGUAAUAAUGUUUAAAAGCAAACAGGUAUCUAUGCUCCAAAUUUGAAAAUAUUCCAUUAAUUAAUAAGGAAUCCUACUUGGCAAAAAAUUCACUUAUCACAGUCGGGUUUGGAACCAAUUAACCGCCAUGAACGAGGAAUUACUGUAUAGCAAAAGUGACCAAUUUAUUUGAAACAUUUUGUCCCAACAAAAAUAGUCAAAAGAAAUCACGUAAAGUCCAGUGUUAUAAGCCGCUACUUUUUUCUUGAACUUUGAACCCUGUGGUUUAUACAUCGGUGAUAAAUUCUAAUCUCCUGGCGUCUCCUUUACUUCGGAACGGCUACUAAUUGUUUAAAUACUGUGCCGCUCGUGAGCCAGUGAGGAAACGGUAGCUGUUUCUUUGGCAGGAGCCAAUCACGAGCUAUCAGUGGACUCACGACGAGCUAAGUGAGGGAGCUAAGGGAACUAAGUUUUACCAUAAUGCAUUGCGUCUGAGCAACGCAUUCAUUGGGGCGCUGCGAUGACGUCAGCCUCCCUCUGGUGGACGGAGGCAGCAUUGCAGUGCCACCCAUCCAUUGCUCUCUGGAGCACGUCAUCACUCUCGCACCAAAAAACCCCCCAAUACCGAUAUGACCUUACCGCUCAUUUUUAUGCCAAUGUCAGCCCGGGCAUGGCUACUUAUCGGGGAUCAUACAGGUUAAACUGACCCAAAGUGUUCAUUUGCGUCAAAAAUGCAUGAGAAAUACAAAAAACGUGCUUGAUUUGAUUGACUAGACGACUCAAAUAAGACAGAAUGAGGUGAGGUGGUACGCUCGUCCUGCAGUUCAGCACUUGACUCAAAUACCUCUUCAGUACGUUCCUGCCCGCUUUCCGCUUUUCCUUCAUUUACUGAUGUUUGCCAGCUUGCUGGGGAAGAACGGCAGUCGCAUAAAGAAAGGAGGAUGAUCGGCUGAAGGGUUAAAAAAAAGGGACAUUUUCUUUUCCGUAACAGCACGCGAGAGGUGCACUUCUCCCGCUGCUGUUUUUGUUGUCGUUACUGUUGCUUGUUUUCCAUGUAUGUUUUUGUUUUUUUAUAUCUAUUGAAGAAACACCGAAGAAUGAAAAAAGAAAACAAGAGGCUAACCUUAGUUCUCAGGGACAUCACUUAAAAGAAACUAAACAAAAGGAAAAAAAAAAGGAGUAGCAUUUAAAAUAUUGUAAAUAUGAAAGUGUCAAUUCAGAAAAUUGUAAAAUUAUAAUUAUUUAUGAUAAGUAUGUUGUGUUUUGGUCUGUGGUGGGGGUGUACUUGAACUGUUUUGGAUGUGUGGGGGAUAUUUGUUUUGUAAGAGCAAAAGACUUCAAGGCAUUUCUCAGGUGCUCCUGUGUACAUUUCUUUUUGUCCGUUUUGGUAUAUUUACUAUUACUAUUAUGAUUUCUAUGUUUUAUUUUUUAAGAUUUGCAAAGAAAAAAAAAGUCCAAAAAGAAGCGUUUUACUGUAAUUGUGUAAUAUGGGGGCAGAUACUUAAUUAAACCAGACUAUGCAGAACCACUUGGGUGGGCUUUUUAAAAGAGCAAAGUGGACUGAACCACUAUUAACAGGAGGGGGGGAGGCAAGCCAAGCCAAGUCCAGCAUGCUUUGCGGGUGAACGAUGCACAAAUAGCUGGCUUGCUGCAGCAUUUAGAGGAGGGAGGGAGAGAGAGAAACAAUGCCUUUCUUGACCUGUCAAUGUACAAAGUUUAUUUUCGCUUUGUCGGUUUGAUCCAGUCAGGACUCAAAAGCCUUUUGUGUCUUUCAAGGCGUCGCAAGACACGGAACAACAGACGGACAAAUACGAGGACCUUUCGGGAUGCCCUCGCAUUUUUAACCUUGCGUUCGGUUUCACGUGACCAAGCGUUGGGCCUCCACCUUUUUUUUUUUUUUUUUAAUCCGCGUUUUUCGCUCGGUUUGAGACCAUGCUGCAUCGUUUAUAAGGCGGAAGUGUACUUUUUCUUUUUUUUUAAAGCAUCUGUAUGACGAGGAAAACGUGCUUCAAAAGGAAAUGUUUUCUCGACAUGACUGAGAUUCCCUAAACGUCCGUGAAGACCCCCCUCAUCGUUUUCAUCUUCCUCACCGCGUUCUUUUGUCGUUUCUUUGGUAGGAGUGUUUGCCCGUAGCGAUCGUUCACUAGUUCACCCGCCGUUUUCCACCUUUUCUUUCCAACUUGAGGGAAUUUUGAAAGUAUUGGUUGCCUCUUUGUGCUACUGAUUAUUAUUUUAUUUUUUAAAAAGGUAUUUCCAGUAUUUGUUGCCACAGAAGUAUCAUAGCUUAACAUCCACGCUUUUUUUUAUUUUUUAUUUGUCAUUUUUUGUGCAAAUUCUUGAGCUACUGUCUAUAAAGCGAGAAUUUAUGACUAUUUAUGUAACGCUACUACCAUUUUAUAUUGAUUUGUGUUGGAAACUCAGUGCUUUUCUAUGAAUAAAGUGUGAAACACGUGAA